UGACCCAUCUGGACUUCUUUCCUCUUCUUUCCAGAGAAUCUGUUUCUAGAAUUCCUCAUGGCUGGCCAAAACCACAGCACCAUUAUGGAAUUCAUUCUUUUGGGGUUAACCAGUGAGGCCACCUUUCGUGCUGUCCUCUUUGUGACAUUCCUUGGGAUCUGUAUGAUGACCUUACUGGGAAAUCUCAGCAUCAUCAUGUUAAUUAGGGUCAGUUCCAAACCUUAUACCCCAAUGUACUUCUUCCUCAGCCAUGUGGCUGCUGUUGAUAUUAGGUAUUCCUCCUGUGUGACACCAGCAACGCUUGGAGGCUUCUUGGCUGAUCUCUACACCAUGCCUUUGGCUGACUGUGUUGUUCAGGUAUUUUACAUAUUGACUUUUGGAACAGCCGAGUGCUUCCUGCUUGCUGCUUUUGCUUAUGACCGAUACAUAGCUGUGUGUAGCCCACGGCUUUACUCUGUCAAAAUGUCCGACAAAUUCUUCAUCCUUCUGGUAGUUUCUUCCUACAUAGGUGGUUUUGUGAAUACUUGGACAUUUACGAGUUGCUUAUUAAAUAUACAUUUCUGUGGACCUAAGCAGAUAAACCACUUUUUCUGUGAUUUGUCUCCUUUAUUGAAACUUUAUUGUUCAGACAUUUCGGUUAUUAAAAUCAAUCCUUCAGUCUCCUCAGGGUCAAUAAUAGUGUUCACCAUGUUUGUCAUAGUCAUUUCUUAUGUAUAUAUUCUCUUGGAAAUCCGGAGGAUGAACUCAAAGGAAGGAAGGGAACACAAAGCUUUCUCCACAUGCACCUCCCACUUCACUGCUGUCACACUGUACCAUGGGACCAUCACUUUCAUUCAUGUGAUGCCCAAAUCCAGUUACUCCAUAGAGCAGGACAAAGUGGUGUCUGUGCUCUACCCCACUGUGAUCCCUAUGCUGAAUCCUCUUAUCGAUAGCCUGAGGAACAAAGAUGUUCAAGAGGUCCUUAAAAAGGUGAUUGAUAAGAAAAAAAUUUCCUUAACUAUAAUGAUGCAUUGA